AUGGAGACCACAAGGUUGCAGAUAUGCUGCUCCCCGGAGUCCCAGGCACCCGCAGGGAGCAGGGCUGCUACAGAGCAGGGCAGUGCAGAUGCCCAGGAGGGCUCGAGCCCGGCCGGGUCCAUAUGGGGUCUGUGGGGUCUCACAUGGGUCCGGCUCUCACGCGGCCUCUUUUAUGCUCUCCCCACAGGCGAGAGCCUGAGCCCAAGCCGCGGGGUGGCCAAGAGGAAGAAGAAACAGAGGAGGAACCGCACCACCUUCAACAGCAGCCAGCUGCAGGCUCUGGAGAGGGUCUUUGAGAGGACGCACUACCCUGAUGCCUUUGUGCGGGAGGAGCUGGCGAGAAGAGUCAACCUUAGCGAGGCGAGAGUCCAGGUCUGGUUUCAGAACCGAAGGGCCAAGUUUCGCCGUAACGAGAGGGCAAUGCUGGCCAACAGAUCGGCAUCGCUCCUCAAAUCCUACAGCCAAGAAGCAGCCAUUGAGCAGCCCAUGGCGCCGCGGCCCACCGCACUGACCCCAGAGUAUCUCUCCUGGACCAGCACCUCCCCGUACAGCACUGUGCCGUCCUACAGCUCCAGCGGGACCGCGACACCCACCCAAGGGGUGAACAUGGCCAACAGCAUCGCCAGCCUGCGCCUCAAAGCCAAAGAGUUCAGCCUCCAUCAGAACCAGGUGCCAACCGUGAACUGACCAGGGCAAAGCCCACCCCGUGGCCUCAUCCAGGAUACAGCGUGGAGCUCCUGUGCCGGUCCAGGACAAACUUGCCGCCUGCCCAACCCACAUGCCACUCGUCAAACGUCUCAGCACCUCUCCUCUCCUCUUCCCUUUUGAAGGUAGAGUCAGUCCCAGGCCAAAGUGGCACAUAAUUAUAGCCACAUAUGGAGCAAACUUGGUUAGAAACUUGCUUUUCCGCACACCCUUAUAAUAAAGGCUAUAUAUACACACAUACCCCCCACGCGCUCUUCGAGGACAAACAGACUUGCCAAGGGAACAAGAAUUUGCUUCCAAACAUGGAAGGAUCUUGGACUAUUGGAUUUGACCAAUUUGG